UAAAAGUUCGUAGAAACAUACAACUGUUACAAAUUGAUAAAAAUAAAAUCUAAGAUAGAGGAAUAGAAAUUGUUUCUAAAUAUGUAUGUUCUGCUUUUUUUUUUUUUCUCAUCAAGAAAAAUAGAAUAUGCAAAUGAGAGUUCAUGUGACUACUCCGAUGGCAAAUGGGUCCGUGACGAAAGAGGACCUUUGUAUAAUGGAACCUCCAAAUAUUGCAAGAUGAAGAAAAAUCAAAAUUGCAUCGCUAAUGGAAGGCCUAACACAGAGUAUCUUUAUUGGAGAUGGAAACCCAAUGAUGAUUGCAACCUUCCUAGGUUUGAUCCUAGUACUUUUCUCCAACUAAUUAGGAACAGACACGUGGCAUUUGUUGGAGACUCUGUUGCUAGGAACCAAAUUGAGUCCCUUAUUUGCAUGCUUGGUAGUAAUAAUGAUGAUGACUCAUCAAAACCAAAACGUUUGUACCAUAAAGGUUCACGAAAAUGGAACAUUCUCUCCCACAAUGCAAACUUGUCCUUCUAUUGGUCCCCAUUUCUUGUGAGAGGUGAUAUGAGAUCCCAGAAAGGGCCACAUUACAAUACAAUUUAUUUGGAUCAUGUUAAUGAGAGGUGGGCAAGGGACUUGGAUGAAAUGGACAUGGUUGUAAUUUCACUAGGGCAUUGGUUUGAUGUUCCUUCAAUUUACUAUGUGGGUGGUUCAAUUUCAAGUUGCCUAAAGUUGCCACAACUUGGUUAUUGCAAUCAUCAUGUUAAUGAUUUUUAUGAUCCGUUAAGACAGGCUUUAAGGGUUGCUCUUAAUACCAUAAUCGAAGCGAAAGCAACUAAAGGUGACAAACUCGAUGUGAUUGUUAGAACGUAUUCACCGUCUCAUUUUGAAGGUGAGUGGAACAAAGGUGGUACUUGUUUGAAGGAUAAGCCUUAUGAAGAUGGGGAGAAGAAGGUUGAAGGAAUGGAUGCUGAGAUAAGAAGGAUUGAGAUGGAAGAAGUGGAAAUUGUUAAGGAGAAAGCCAAAGAAUUUGGAGGGUUAAUUAGGUUAGAGAUAAUGGAUGUGACUAAGUUAGCAUUGUUGAGACCAGAUGGCCAUCCAGGUCCUUAUACGAAUCCUUUUCCAUUUGCAUCCAAAAUUGUUCAAAAUGAUUGUGUUCAUUGGUGUUUGCCAGGGCCUAUAGAUACAUGGAAUGAAAUUUUAUUAGAGAUUAUGAAGAAGUUGGUGCUACAUUCAAAGGCUGAAUAAUACUCCUGAUGAGACAUUCUCCACAUUCUUGUUAAUAAUCUUUUUGUGGUUUAAU